GGUACUUUAUAAAAGAAGGUUGAGAAACACUGUCCACUUUGGAAAUCCUUUUCUUUCCUUUCCAUCUGCCAUACUAUAUACAGCAGCCAAUUCCUUGUAUUUCUUCUAGACUCGGUUAAUUUAUACUUCAUAAAAUAGAGUCGCAUUGGGAGAAGACCACAGGUUCAUCCUCUUUCACACUGGAUUGCAAACUCAUUCAAAAUGUUGGAAAAUACAUUUGGAAUGAAGAAAUACAAGUAUUAGCAGCAAGAAGCAUUCUUUCUUCACUCACGCUGGGGAUUUGUGUGUUAGAAAGCUAGGAAGAAAUUUCCAAGGAACAGUUAAGAGGGAUCCCAAAAGUUACAAAGUGAGAGUACACAAAGGCCAAUAUUUUGAGAAGUGGCCUCUGGUUUUGAGAUGUUGCUUUUCUGGCUACUUACUAUGCUUCAAGACCUUGACCCCUUUUGUAAACAUUGUCCUAAUUGUAUUCUUUUUACCUCAAUAAAAGCACUCAACUUCAGGACCUCUCCCCCACAACAGAGACAAGGGAUGAGUGGCUCAAGCCAACAAUGUGCUGGGACGCUCAGGCCUAGAAUAAGUAAUGGAAUUGGCUGAAAUGGGGUCUGUGACCGGAGUCAUUUGGACAUGUCUUUUGUUGCCUUGGAUUUUGAAAUGAUAAUGUCUUUAAGUCUAAACACCUCUCUCCUCCCUCCCCCAUCUUCCACAUUGUGUGUAUGUGUCUGUUUCCCUUCCUCCCCUCUUGUCCUCUCAGUCGGAAGGCUUUAGCUUCACUGGAAGCAAAGCAUUCGUUGAUAAGAAGUGAGUUGGUUGCCAUGAGGGAGACACUGCAGAAAUCUCACCUUGAUGGGGAGCUGAUGAAGCAAGAGAAACAUGAGCUUGCCAUGGCACUGGAGAGGGCAGAACAGUCAAUUGCUGAGUUGACAGGAGUUCAGAAUAAAGUGAAAGCUGAAAUCGCUGAUCUGCAUGAUGUGGCUGAAAAGAUGAGUUGCAUUAAUGAGGCUCUAGCUUUGGACAAAGUGCAGUUGAAUCAGCUUGUCCUUCAGUUGGAGCAGGAGAAUCAGGCUUUGUCAAGCAAAGUGGAGGACAUGAAAAGAGCAGCAACUUCUGUUCAGGAGGAGCUGAGCCUGUUACAAAGAGCAAAUGAGGAGCUCUGUACAGAGAAAACUAAUCUCGAACAGUUGCUGCAGAAUGCUGAUGUGGCACAAGAGUUGCUGCAGGCAGAGUUGAAUGUGCUGAGAGAUGAGAGAAAAGACACUCAGGAAGUGAUGAGUCAGAUGUGUCGUCAGGAGGAGUCCUCCACCACUGACUUGGAGAAAAUACGCCUGGAGUCAAGUUGCCGUGGAGAAGCACUGGCUAAAGUAUCCAGAGAAAAGGAAGCCCUGGUGCGUGAGAAGGCAGCACUGGAGGUGCGAAUAGGGGCUGUGGAACGGGACAGACAGGGCCUUUCAGAACAGCUGGCAGAGCUCAGAUCAGCAAAGGAGAUCCUGGAGUCCUGCCUAUUUGAGGCUCAUCAGCAGGUGUCUCAGCUGGAGGUAACUAGGAGUCAGCUGGAAGUCAACAUUCAGACUGUCACCCAAGCCAAAGAGGUGAUACAAGGAGAAGUGAAGUGCCUUUGUUGUGAGCUGGAAACAGAGAGAACCACAACUGAGCAAGAGCGGGAGAAGAUGGCACAACAGCUCUCAAGGAAGGAGCAGCAAUAUAAAGAUAUCCUUAGCCUUCAGCAAGCUGUGUAUGAGGAGGAAAUGAACAAACUCUUGCAACACCUGGAGAAUGAGCAGGAACGGCACCGUGCAGAACUAGAAGAGCUGUUGGAGCACUCAGCCCAAGAGAAAGCAGAGGCAGAAGGUGCUUAUGAGAAAAAGAUGUUGGAGCUGAGGCAGGAGGUAGCUACUCUGCAAUCUAAGGAAGAAGAGGAGAGAACAAGGGCUGAAAAUGCCCAGCAAGAGAUGUUACUAGAAAAAGAGAGAGAAAAGAAAUCCUUGCUGGAGGCACUGCUCCAAACACAGGGAGAGCUGACAGAUGCCUGUCAGCAGCUGGAGCAUCUCCGCCAGGAGGUGAAGAAGCAACAGAAGGAGCAGGUCACUGUGGAGGUACUGCAAAAUGAGCUCCAGGAAUCUCGGAAUAAAAUGGAGGCAGUGGAGAGCAAGCAUCUAGAGGAGGUCAAAGCCCUGAAACAGGAAAUAGACAUUCUACUUCAGCAGCAAGACACCUUGCGAAACCAGAUACAAGACCUAGUGAUCACCAAAGAUUCCUGGCAACAGAUUGGCCUGGAGACUCAGCGGAAACUGAAUGAGGUGCAAGAAUUAUCCAACCAGAAGGUACUGGAGGCUGCUCACAUCCAGAAGGUGCUAGAUAGGGAGAGGAGCCGUCGGGAGGAGGUGGAGCAUCAGAACGCAGAGCUCCAGGCCAAGCUUGGAUCCCUAAAGGGGGAGAAGAGCCUUCGAGAGGAGGCAGAGCGUCAGAACGCAGAGCUACAAGUCAUGCUUGGGGCUCUGGAGGGCGAGACGAGCCAGCGGGAGGAGGUGGAGCGUCAGAACGCAGAGCUCCAGGCCAAGCUCAGAAGCCUGGAGCAGGAGAGGAGCCAUCGGGAGGAGGCAGAAUGUCAGAUCGCAGAGCUGCAGGCCACGCUCAGAACUCUGGAGGGGGAGAGGAGCCAUCUGGAGGAGAUGGAACGUGAGAACACAGAGCUCCAGGCCACGCUCAGAACUCUGGAAGGGGAGAGGAGCGUUCGAGAGGAGGCUGAGUGUCAGAUUGCAGAGCUCCAGGCCAUGCUCAGAACUCUGGAGGGGGAGAAGAGCUGUCGGGAGGAGGCAGAGCGUCAGAUCGCAAUGCUCCAGGCCACGCUCAGAACUCUGGAGGGGGAGAGGAGCCGUUGGGAAGAGGUGGAGCGUCAGAAUGCAGAGCUCCAGGCCACGCUCAGAACUCUGGAGGGGGAGAGGAGCCGUCAGGAGGAGGCAGAGCGUCAGAUCGCAGAGCCCCAAGCCACGCUCAGAACUCUGGAGGGGGAGAGGAGCCGUCAGGAGGAGGCAGAGCGUCAGAUCGCAGAGCCCCAAGCCACGCUCAGAACUCUGGAGGGGGAGAGGAGCCGUCAGGAGGAGGCAGAGCGUCAGAUCGCAGAGCCCCAAGCCACGCUCAGAACUCUGGAGGGGGAGAGGAGCCGUCAGGAGGAGGCAGAGCGUCAGAUCGCAGAGCCCCAAGCCACGCUCAGAACUCUGGAGGGGGAGAGGAGCCGUCGGGAGGAGGCGGAGUGUCAGAAUGCAGAGCUCCAGGCCACGCUCAGAACCCUGGAAGGAGAGAAGAGCUGUCGGGAGGAGGCAGAGCGUCAGAUCGCAGAGCUCCAGGCCACACUCCGAACCCUGGAGGGAGAGAGGAGCCGUCAGGAGGAGGCAGAGCGUCAGAUCGCAGAGCUCCAGGCCACACUCCGAACCCUGGAGGGAGAGAGGAGCCGUCAGGAGGAGGCAGAGCGUCAGAUCGCAGAGCUCCAGGCCACACUCCGAACCCUGGAGGGAGAGAAGAGCCGUCGGGAGGAGGCAGAGCGUCAGAAUGCAGCGCUCCAGGCCACACUCAGAACUCUGGAGGGAGAGAAGAGCCGUCAGGAAGAGGCAGAGCGUCAGAUCGUAGCGCUCCAGGCCACGCUCAGAACUCUGGAGGGAGAGAAGAGCUGUCGGGAGGAAGCAGAGCAUCAGAUCGCAGAGCUCCAGGCGACGCUCCGAACCCUGGAGGGAGAGAAGAGCCGUCAGGAAGAGGCAGAGCGUCAGAUCGUAGCGCUCCAGGCCACGCUCCGACCCCUGGAGGGAGAGAAGAGCCGUCAGGAAGAGGCAGAGCGUCAGAUCGUAGCGCUCCAGGCCACGCUCCGACCCCUGGAGGGAGAGAAGAGCCGUCAGGAAGAGGCAGAGCGUCAGAUCGUAGCGCUCCAGGCCACGCUCCGACCCCUGGAGGGAGAGAAGAGCCGUCAGGAAGAGGCAGAGCGUCAGAUCGUAGCGCUCCAGGCCACGCUCCGACCCCUGGAGGGAGAGAAGAGCCGUCAGGAAGAGGCAGAGCGUCAGAUCGUAGCGCUCCAGGCCACGCUCCGACCCCUGGAGGGAGAGAAGAGCCGUCAGGAAGAGGCAGAGCGUCAGAUCGUAGCGCUCCAGGCCACGCUCCGACCCCUGGAGGGAGAGAAGAGCCGUCAGGAAGAGGCAGAGCGUCAGAUCGUAGCGCUCCAGGCCACGCUCCGACCCCUGGAGGGAGAGAAGAGCCGUCAGGAAGAGGCAGAGCGUCAGAUCGUAGCGCUCCAGGCCACGCUCCGACCCCUGGAGGGAGAGAAGAGCCGUCAGGAAGAGGCAGAGCGUCAGAUCGUAGCGCUCCAGGCCACGCUCCGACCCCUGGAGGGAGAGAGGAGCCGUCGGGAGGAGGCAGAGUGUCAGAUCACAGAGCUCCAGGCCACGCUCAGAGCCCUGGAGGGUGAAAGAGCCAGCCUGUCUUUAGCCCUGAAGGAAAAGGAGCUGAAACUUAGGACCCUCCAAGAGAGAGACAUUGCUCAAGAGAGUGAGAUCAUCAGCCUGCGUGCAGCCAUUCGCCAGGCUCAGCAGCUUCAUUCUGAGCACAGGGGAGAGAUUCAGGAGCUCAACACCCAGGUCCUCACACUCAGGCAAGCUCUGCUAGAGAAAGAGGCUGGCUUACUGGCCCUCGAGAAGCAGUUGUCGCAAGAUCUGGAGGAAUCACGGGCAGGCGAGCGGCAUUUGAGGAAUUUGCUGCAGACGCUAGAGACUGAGGUGUCUCAGCUGCACCUUAGACUUUGCAGCACAGAGAGCCGUGCAGAGGCACUGGCUGUGGAGUACCGCCUUGCCAGCUGUGCCCGCUGUGAAGCAGAGUCCCAGCUGGUCAGGUUGUACACUGUUCUACAGCACGCACUGCGUGGCAGCACUCUGGCAAGUGGAGACCUUGUCACAUGGUGUGCAGUGAUGUUCUUUGAGACAUGUGUCCCUGUGGGUGCUCCACUAACCACCUUUCUCCUCUCUACUUCGGGGCUGAGGCAGCCUCUGUUGUGGAGGGAAAACUGUUUUUGCACACCUGCUGUUGAGACAGAGCUGGUACAAGCAGCAGACACUGUGUAUGUAUGCGGCUGGUAUAAGUACUACUGUGGAAAUCUCUGUGCAAAGGCACAGAGAUGCAUCAGCACCUGGAGUAGAGCACUCACCGGAACACUCAGCUCCAAGAACAUUGAUUCCUGCAGAGACCAGGAUCCAGUUUGUGGGCUGACUGGCCCUGAGCCUAAGGCCCUCCUCACAGAGCUCACAGCAGAGGAAGUGGCAACAGCCCUCCGGGACCUACACCAGCACCUGAAACAGACUCUGCAGGAUCGGGAUGAUGCCAGGAACAAGGUUCAGAAGCUUGAGCAGGAGCUGAGGAAAGAGGCGGCUGAGAGGGACUGUCUCAGUGCCCGCAACCAAGAGUUGCAGAAGUGGUUGGUCCAAAACCAGGAAGAGAUGCAGAUGGCAGAAGGGAAGCAGGGCUCACUCCAGGCCACGCUGCAAGAAGAAGUCAUUGCCCUAAAGAAGGAGGUAGUGAUGUUGCGUGGAGAGGUUGCAUCCUUGGAGCGAAGCCGUGAGAGCACCGAGAAGCAUAGAAGGGAUGUUGUGCAUGAACGGGACACGCUACAAGCAGUUCAGGAGAAACUGAUGCGAGAGAUGGAUCUUCUCCAGGAAACAGUCUCUGCCUCUGAAACGCGGGCAAACAUAGCAGCAAAGAUGACCUACUCCCUAGAAAAAGAGCUACAAACAACCCUUUCUGUCCUGAAAAUGAAAAGUGAGGAAGCAGAGACACAGCAGGAGGGAAUCUUGAUAUUACAGAAGGAGGCUGCAUUUGGGAAUGCUUUGCAGGAAAAUCUGGAUCGCCUGACCAUCACCUUAAGCCAGAGAAAUGGAGAAAUGGAAGUACUGCAAGAACAGAUUAGAGAGCUAGAGCAGCAGAGAGAAAUGCAAAGAACAGCUCUAGAUCAUCUUUCUAAAGAUAUAGAGGAGAAAGACAGAAAGGUGGAAUCCCAACAAGAACAAAUUCAGAAACUAGAAGAUGAGAGGGAAAUGCAGAAGACUGCUCUAAAACAACUGACUUUAAACCUAGAGGAGAAAGUCAAGGAAAUUAAAUUCCAGGAAGAGAAAAUCCAGACUCUUGAAGAACAUGAAAGAUCACAAAUGAAAACUCUGCAGGAGGAUCUAUAUCAGAUCAAAACAGACUUGAGGGAAAAAGAUUGUGAGCUUAUGUCUUACAAGAAGGUAGCUGAAGAAUUGAAACAGGAGAAGAAGCAGGUGAAGGUUCUGCGCACAAGCCUUGAACAUAUGAAAGUAAUUCUUGGGGACAGAGAGAGUGAGGUCAAGUCGCAGAAGGAGCAGAUAAAGAUUUUGCAGCAAUAUGAAGAUCAGCGGGAGAGAGAGCUACAAGACCUGCGGGAGAAAGUAAAAGAGAUGGCCGUCACACUGACUCGGAGAAAUCAAGAAUUUGAGUUACAGCAAAAACAAAUUCAAGAUAUUAAUGAAGAGAUGGAAAUGAAACUAAAGGCUCUUUGUGAACAUCAGGAUCAAAUACAAACAACCUUAAAAGAAAAAGACAUAGAGCUGGAAUUCCAAACGCAGCAAAUACAGAAACGUAAGGAAGAAGCAGAAGGGCAGAUAAAGGUUUUACACAGAGAUUUAGAAAAUGCCAGGGUAGUACUAAAGGAGAGAGAUGGAGUGCUUAAAUCUCAGGAAGAACAGAUCUGGACACUCCAAAAGCAGGAAAGAGAAAUUAAGCAACAAGUCAAAACUCUUGACUAUCUUGAAGCAGUGUUAAGGGAACGAGAGAAAGAAAUUGAAUCACCACAAAAGCAAUAUGAGGAGCACAAGACAGAGGAGGAGAAGCAGGCAACAGACAGGCAAGCAAAUCUUCAAGAAACACAGGUGACUCCGAGGGAGAAAGAGAGGGAAAUAGAAGCCCUUGAGGAGGGAAUCCAUAAGCUUCAGCAGCACAAGGAAGAUGCAGUGACACAGACUAAGGCUGUCUUGAAGACACUUGAAUAUACCAAAUCUUGUCUACAAGCCCAUUACCAGGAGAUAGAGUCUUUGCAAAGGCAUGUCAAGGAGCUCUUAGGGCAGAAAGAGCUAGAAGAAAAGUGUGUCAAGAGCUUACAGCAGGAUCUAGACAGAAUGAGCCAAAUAGUGAAGGGGAAGGAUGUAGAGCUCCUGAAGCAGGCAGAGCAAAUUAGCAUAUACCAGCUUCAAGAAGAAAGCAUGCAGAUGGCACUAAAGUCUUACCAGAAUCAAGCAACUUGUCUAGAGGAAGUUGUAAGAGAACGAAAACGGGAGAUGGAGACUCUUAUUCAAUGGCACCAGCACCAAGACAACGAGCAGGAGACCCUGCACCAUCUCCAGCUUACAUUGGCAGAGAAGGAGGAGAGACAUCACAAAGAGGGGAAGCAUCUUCUAGAAAAAGCCAUAAACAGGAGGGAACAGGUGAUCAGAGCCCAAGAUGAGCAAAAACAGUUGGAAGAAGAGGUGGUGAAGGGUCUUCAAGAAAAUCUCCAGCAUCUUCAAGAGACACUGAUAAAAAAGGAUGAGGAGAUCAAACACCAGAGAAAGAGAGUCAGAGACCUGGAAGAGACUCUGCGGGGUAGAGAGCAGGAGCUGAGGACACAGAGUGAGGUUCUGGAGCAGCUCACCUCAACUCUCCAAAGGAGAGCUGGUGAAGGGGAGAUCCUAAAGAGUCAAACCCAAAAAUUCUUAAGAUUGGAAACAGAGGAGGCAGCCAGGAGGAAGGUUCUCCAGGAGAGAGACCAACAAUUGGAAAGGCAGGAGGUGAGGAUCCAUCAACUGGAAGAGGAGAGGAAAGUGAUGGAUCAAGAGUUGGAGCAUAUGAUGGCUGUUCUGAAGCAGACUGAGAGUGUGGAGAUAGAAUGGAGGGAGAAAGCACAAUCCUUGUCUCUGUGCCUGGCCCAGAGCAAAGCAGCUGGUAGAACUCUGAAGGAAGAAAUGGCUGUCCUACAGAGCAUGGUGUCAGAGCGGGAUAGAGAUCGGCUUCAUCUUCAGGAGCAGCUUGCUUCAGCUCUCAAAGACCUAGAGGAGAGGGUUCCAAACAAGGCUCUGAAUGGACAUGUGGAUCUGUUGCUUAGGGACACAACAGCAAGAAAAUGGCAGGACAAGGGAAAGGAAGAGGAGCAGCUAGCAGUGGGGGCAGAGAGGAGACUUCUGCAGCAGCGCCUAGCAUGUCUACAGCGAGCUGUUGCAAGGCUGGAACAUGACAAAACUCAGCUGGAGCAGCUCAACACCCAACUCAGGAAGACUCUAGAGCAGGUGGAGUGUGAGCGCAAGAGGCUGAAGAGGGGCCAUCCUGACCCCUCACUGUCAGAUGCCUGUGAACAUCCUAUUAUUGACUCUGGGCAGAAUAAGGCUCCGACUUCAGGACAGGAGGAGGCCCGGACUUUGCGUAGGCGACUUGCUGAGUUGCAGAAGCAGGUGUCUUUCCUGCAAACACAGCUGGUGUUGGAGCGGAAGCACAAGCAGGACUACAUCAAGUGCUGUGCAAAGACCAGCCAAGAUCUGUCAGGCCUGCACCAGGAGCUCUCUCACUCCUUAGCAGCUGUGGCUAGGGAGCCCAAGGCUGCUGUUCUAGAAGCAGAAACGCGGAAGCUGGAUGAAUCCCUGAACCACAGCUUGGCCUUACUGGCUCUAGAGUGGGAUGGCCAAUCUUCUGUGAAACACACUCUGAAUUCCACACCCAGAGCAGCCCAGCAGAAUGAGUUGAGGUAGCAGGGAGGAAGUGUCUUCGAUCAACAUUCAGCUAAUGGGUCAAAGCAGGAGCAAGGUGCAAGGUCCAAUCCUAAACAUGGUUUGACAAUGCCUUUUUCUAAAAGU